AUAGUCUGUGGUCACACCGGUAGAUGGCGUGGAGAUCACAGGUGUAUUGGUUGUGGGAUUACAAAUCCAAUAUGUCAGUUAAGGGCAGCGAUUUGUGUCGAGUUGUGGUGUUCAUGGCUGUUUUGUCGAUGAGUGUUUGUCUGGAGUGCUAUGAUUGUGCAGCGAAGGAUGACCCCAUCUGUUUGGACCCAUUUGAUUUACAGGCAAAUGAUGGAGGAACAUCAGAAUGUGGUGACAAGGACACGCAUUGUAUGAAGUUUAAAACAGUUUCCUUCCUGUCCGAUUCAGGGUUCAUCACUGGAAAAGACAGAGUGGUUACAGUGACCUCACGGAUGUGUAUUCGACGGGAUGGAUACUCCAAUGGCUGUGUGGCAGUCGAGUCCGAUGGCGGCUUCCUGUUUAAAUGUCUGUGUGAUACUGACUUCUGUAAUGGUUCUACUACCCUAAUACCUAAUUUGGUUGUGUUAGUGGUGACAAUCUUUGUGUCAUUGUGGGUGACAAAGCGAUGAGCAAAAAUUAAAACAUUAUCUAAAUGUAGAAUGAUCAAACCCGUUCAACGAUUCCAUAACAAAUUAUUUACUCUGGAUUAGCUGGAAAAUCUCAACUCGACGGAAAAGUUCCCUUAUGUGUUGAAGAGGCAAAUGCUUACAUAUCUUAAAGUUUGACACCAUCAACUUUGAAAUCACCUAGUCAUAGCUAAAUUGUUUACCAAAAUUAAUUGUCCUCAAACAUUUCCAAGGAAAGACACAUUCCAACUGACUGAUUUAAGUGGGAUACAAAUAUCCAUGAUUUAAAUGAAUUAAUUUCUAAAUCACAUCCAAAUAACCUUAAAUUUACUUCCCCUUAUUAAGGAAGCUUUUUUGAUCAACUCAUUGCUUGACAAUCCACUCACUGUAAUUAUCCUCCUUGGCAAUGACUGAUUGCCAUUUUCAGAUAUUAAGUACAUGUCAUAUGACACUGCCGGGGAUCUGUCAUUUUAAUCUGAUCAACUUGGAACUUAACAAGACUAUAGUAACCAUGCCAUUCAAAGUUGAGCAGUAUAUUCAGAUUCUAAUAUUUUGAAAGAAGACUUUUUUAUGUGUAGUCAACAGUUUCUGUAUUUUAUUGAUGUGUAUAUUAUUAACAAGAAAGAAUUGAGAUAUUAAUCAUAUAUUGUAAAUUUUCCUCACUCGAUGAGUGUGGAUUUUGAUAAACUGAAGUUUUCAAAUCUCUAAGUAGAAUAUGAGAUAUCCGUUGAACAGAAUAUAUCUCGGGAUGUAAUCGAGGACUGAAGGGUGAUCAGGAACUUGUUAUACUUGCCAGCUUAAAAAAAAUGCCUCUAAAUUCAUAUUUAAUGAUAAUUACAUUUUUUUUGUAAGAAACUCAUUACUUUCCACAAAAAUAAUUUAGUCAAAAGUAUUAUUUUUAUUUUAAUGUGCUGGAAAGGAUGCUAGAGGUGUUUAAGCAGUUGUCUCCCCUUAAUGAUAUGCAGCUCCCUAGGACAUAGAAUGCCAAUUUAAACACUUCUAAAAGAUUGAUGUCAAUUAGCUAUUAUCAGUCCAUGGUAGCCAUAACAGAGGACCUUCACUUGUUUCUGUCAUAGUUUCGUUAUCAUUGAACUUGUCAGUCAUUGUGAUAGGAAUUUUUUUGUAUGUAAGCUUCAAGGUUAAUAUUUUGUUAAAAUAUCUAAAUUAAACAUUGCAUAGUCAUCAAAACAAGGUCAUCACUCCUAGCAACCAAAACAAGGUUAUUACACAUAGCAACCAAAACAAGGUUAUUACACAUAGCAACCAAACAAAGGGUAUCACACAUAGCAACCAGACAAGGGUAUCACACAUAGCAACUAAAACAAGGUUAUCACAUAUAGCAACCAAACAAGGGUAUCACACAUAGCAACCAAAACAAUGUUAUUACACAUAGCAACCAAACAAAGGGUAUUGCACAUAGCAACCAAAACAAGGUUAUUACAUAUAGCAACCAAACAAAGGGUAUCGCACAUAGCAACCAAACAAAGGUUAUUACAAAUAGCAACCAAAACAAGGUUAUUACACAUAGCAACCAAACAAAGGUUAUUACACAUAGCAACCAAACAAAGGUUAUUACACAAAGCAACUAAAACAAGUUUAAUACACCUUGUUACAUUCCGUGUUUUCACUUGAGAUGUCCAUUUGUGUUAAGUCUUCUUUAGUAAAACCAAUUCUUCAUCACUAGACUCUUUAUCAUCCUCAUCAUACAUAACCUGUCAUUUUUAUGUUACAUUUUUAUAAUCAACUAUUUUUUUUAUAUUAUUUUAACUAUUUUUUUAUUCUUCAUUUGAAAAAACUAUGCAUAACAGAUACAAUGAAAUGUUGGCUGAGGGCGAACCCUUAGGUGAAUGUACAUAUAUUGAUGCACUUGUUACAUACCUGUAUAUAACAGAUGUGAGAAAUAGAAGGAAGCUGACUAUAAGUCCAUGCAGUAGUAACAUUUCACCGAGUCAGCAUUUCUCCACAAAAUAUCAGUAUUUUCACUGCAGAUAUUGUGAAAAAUUCAAAGUACUUCAAAACUUUUAUAACUUGUUUAUGCAACAAUUUUUACUUGAUUUAGAUCAACAUAUAUAUAUAUGUGUAUCGGAAAAAGAAAUACCAUUUUUACCAAGUACUAUUACAUCAGUGUCUUUAGUGAGUUUGUGUUUCAUUAAUUACUACACAUGUGUCUUUAAUGAUACGUAUGGCAAUACUUAACAGGUGUUUUAAUGAGUAUAUAUAUCAAUACUACACAAGUGUCUUUGAUGAGUUUGUAAAUUUGGUAAAUAAAGAUAUUUUUAUAUCUGGA